AUGCCUCGUCGAGCUGCCGGUCCUUCUCUUACCAACGAUCCUUCCAACGCUCCCUUUUCUUCCUCCGCUUCUGCCAAGGGCGGCAUUGCCAUCAAGGCGCCCACUGCGAAGCCUAGUCGCCUAAGUCAACUAUUCUCUACCUCUCCCAAGUCCAGGGCCGAGUCUCAGACUGCGCAGGCCGCUGUCCAGUCGGUCAGUGGGACUUCUCACCCUAAUACGGUCGCACCACCGAUCAGCUCAGCCUCUCUGUCGCUUCCUACGAUAUCUCUCUCUACGGCAACCGCGGGAAACCCCAACAUGGAUGAGCCUCCAACCACGUUAUUCCAGCCCCCGUCGCCGGAAGAGGCUCGUCGGCUGGCCAAGCAGCAUGCCCAAUUCGGACCAAUCGGCCAUCACAGUCACCGCUAUUCCAGCCGACAUCCUGGCGGUCCUUUCCCGGAGCCUAUAAUGGACGAGCCGCCCUAUUAUUAUCUUCUGACGACCUAUAUCAGUUAUCUCAUCCUCAUUGCGUUCGGACACGUGCGCGACUUCUUCGGUAAACGGUUCCGCGAAGAGAAUUACCGUCAUCUGAAGGCCCGGAAUGGUUAUGGAGCCCUCAACAGCGAUUUUGACAAUUUUUACGUGCGCCGCCUCAAGCUGCGUAUCAACGACUGUUUUGAACGGCCAGUGACCGGAGUGCCCGGACGGUACAUUACGCUGAUUGACCGGGCCACAGACGACCACAACAGACACUUUUAUCUGACUGGAACGACCACCGACACACUGAACCUGAGCUCGUACAACUACUUGGGUUUCGCCCAAUCAGAAGGUCCCUGUGCCGACAUCGCCGAGGAUACGCUUAGAAAGUACGGAAUUGUUUCGCCAAGCACUCGCGCUGAAACUGGUACGCAAGAUCUCCAUGUCGAGUGUGAAGAUUUGGUCGCCAAAUUUGUGGGUAAAGAAGCCUCCAUGGUUUUCUCGAUGGGUUUCGGAACAAAUGCGAAUAUCUUUCCGGCUCUCGUCAACAAGGGCUGCUUGAUUAUCUCGGACGAGCUGAACCAUGCAUCAAUCCGUUUCGGUGCCCGUCUCUCGGGCGCUUCCAUCGCUAUGUUUAAGCACAACGACAUGCGGGAUCUCGAGGCAAAACUACGUGAGGCGAUCAGUCAAGGACAGCCACGUACCCAUCGCCCAUGGAAGAAGAUUUUGGUUGUGGUGGAAGGUCUCUACUCCAUGGAGGGAUCGAUGUGCAACCUUCCUGGCUUGAUUGCGUUGAAGAGACGCUACAAGUACAAUCUGUUCAUUGAUGAGGCGCACUCCAUCGGUGCCGUCGGGCCCCGAGGUCGUGGAGUCUGUGAUUAUUUCAAUAUCGAUACCGAGGAGGUAGAUGUUCUUAUGGGCACGCUCACCAAGUCCUUCGGUGCCAACGGUGGCUACAUUGCUGCGGAUAAGAGCAUGAUUGAUAAGCUGCGAGCCACGAACUCCGGCGUCUUCUAUGGAGAGGCACCCGCUCCAGCCGUUCUGGCUCAGAUCAUGUCAGCUCUGCGACUGAUCCAGGGCGAAGUCGUCCCUGGUCAGGGCGAGGAGCGACUACAGCGCUUGGCCUUCAACUCUCGGUAUCUGCGCCUGGGGCUGAAGCGUCUUGGCUUUAUAGUGUAUGGCCACGACGACUCGCCGAUUAUCCCUGUACUCCUCUUUAACCCUGCCAAGAUGCCUGCCUUCUCUCAUGAGAUGUUGAAGCGGAAGAUCUCGGUGGUUGUUGUGGGCUAUCCAGCCACACCGUUGGUCUCGUCUCGUGCUCGUUUCUGUGUGUCUGCGGCGCACACUAAGGAAGACCUUGAUCGCAUUUUGACAGCCUGUGAUGAGAUCGGCAAUGUUCUGCAACUCAAGUUUUCCACGGGCAUUGCGGGUGGUGCUCUGCCGGCAAAUGAGGAGCUGACUCCCCCUCCCGAGAUGGAGAAGGCAUGGCAUCGCAAGCGGACUCCCAGGGUUGUGCCUCCCAGGUGGCCGAUUGAGGAUGUUAUCAGACGGGGUGUACAAGAUGUCAAAUCGCCUCUGUUUUAA